AUGAAUAUGCAUUAUCAUGAAUUAAAAGUCGCAAAAGCUGCCAUGAACAAAACCAUUAAUGCAAUAUUAGAAGCAGACGAUCCAAAAAAUAGAAUUAGAGCAUGCAUUGGAAUACGUGUAUUAGGAAAGUUAAGGCCAUUACACUUUUUAGAUUUAUUGCAAAGAUUAUCUUGUUUACUUCCAUGCGAAGACGUUAUCGCCUCCGAAUUCAUAACGUGUACAAUUGCAAAAUUCUGUCGUUCAAGUUACUUAAAGGAUCAAAAUUUUCUAGUUUUCGAAUUGGAACGCUGCAAAGACUGGCUUUCAGGCACUAUAAACGAGUGUAAGGUUAACAAUGCGCUAAACCUUCUCGGAUGGUUUGCUAUGUUUGCUUCAACAACUCUUUUAAUUUCAUCUCAACAGUUUUUAGAUGCUUUAACUGUAGGCAUAUUUCAUAAAAAUCUACAAGUACGUAUACGAUCUGAAAAGAAAAUAUGCGAUUUCCUUGAUAGAUCUAAAAAAGGACCGAAAAUUUUAACAUUAUUUCAAACUGCACGACGUCUAUUAACUUCAGAGCAUCCAGAAGAGCAGCAUGGAUCUUUGAUCGUCUUAUACGCAUACGGAAACAUGUAUCCAGAGCUUUUGGCAAAAGAUGCAAGUUCAUAUAUGUCGAAAUGCCGACAAUUAAUGAAAUCUGAGGAGGAGUAUGUUUCCAUUGCAGCUCUAAGACUAUUAAUUGUCUUAGCUCCUUUAGAUCCACUCACUUUUCGUAAUGAACAUACAGAAGCUGUCACAAGUAUACUUUGGAGGGAUUCUCACCCACCGAAUAGUGUUGUUAAGUGCAAUAUUAUGCUUUUAAAGAAUCUUCCUGAUGUUUUUGAGAACAAUGACCAUAAAUUAUUAACAAUGAUCAGAUCUUUAUUUGCAUUACGUAAUGAAGAAUCAGAAAAGGUAAGUUUCGCAUUAUUACAAGCCUUUAAUGUUAAUCUUCCUGUAAUUUAUCAGACAAGACUUGUUGAAGUUGCAGGAAUUAUUGUUUUAGCACCAUUUACAAACAAUUUCCUAGAAAUUGUACCUCAACUACUUCACGAGACACAAGCAUUGUGGACACUCACAGAGAAAAACCUUCUGAAGAAAUUAGUUUCCGAAAUCAACGAAGGGAGAUGCGAAAUUCCAUUACGAAUCAUUGCGAAAUGUCCGAAAUUCAGUCCACAAAAUUCCGAAAUUUUGUUGCCACUCAUUCGACCACUUCUUAAUUCAACUGAUCAGAAUAUCCGUCAAUACACUCCUGCUGCAUUGCUUUCUCUUUCAUCUGAUAUAUAUGCUGACUCUUACAGAGAACUUGUUGAUGACAUCCUUUCACUUGCUGUUUCAGAAACAAGUGUUGAAGUUAGAUUGGCAAUUAUGGAAUCUUUGACACCUCCUUAUUCACCUUUUCUUUCAUUUCCAUCGGCUCUUAGCCUGUUCUCUGUUUUGGUUAAUGAUGAUAGUUUCAGAGUGAGAUCAAGAACAUUAACAAUUCUUGGAGAACUCGCUGAAUCAAAUCCAUCAAUGAUUUUGUCAAUUUUUAGACGUGUUAUGUUGGAUGCUUUGUUUAUUUGUGAGAGUUCUCCAUUACUCAAAUUGCAGGCACAGACAACAAGGUGUUUUCCUAUUAUUAUUAAAGCUUGCAAGCCAAUUCUUCCUAUAUAUAUUCCUGCUUUCAUUCCAAUUGCAAUGACGUAUUUGAGGAAAAAUAUUUGUCAUCAAAAUCAAGAUCAAUCUUUGAAAAAUUUGACAACUUUUGAACAGGAUUUCUCUAGAUUAAUAAGUAUUAAUUUCAUUGAUACUAUAUCUUUGAGUUGCCAAAUGCAGACGAGUUUGUUAAGUCCGCAAUUCAAAGAAAUUGCAAAUUUGUUUAUCGACAUUUUGACAGAAAGUGUUCACAAAUCAAUUGCAAUUUCUGCUUUAGAUGCUUUGUGUUUUAUCAUUGAUUACAUGGGUGUAAAUGCUCGUAAAGAGUUCCCAACACUCUUGAACACUUUGUUUUCGAUUGGUUCUCGUUAUUCGAGUACAAAAGUUCAUGCAGCAAUUUUUAAAGUUUACGGAAGAUUCGGUGCUGCUUUGCCGCAAAUUGAAGAAAAAGAGAUAUCGUUGACAGAAAACUUUGAUAGAAAUUACGAACAAGAUUUUAUUAAUGGGCAAAUAACUCUUGAAGAAUGGUCGAUUGUCAAUGUUUCAUCAGCUUUGCUUUGGUUGUUAGAUGAUGAUCAACAAUACGCAAUUCAUUUGAGAACUCUUCAAGCAUUGACUGAUAUAUUUAAAGAUAAUUCGACAAUUUCAAAACCAUUCUUCACCCAAUUCAUUUUGAAUUUGAUACAACAAUUAAGAGGAGCUGUCACUGAUGAAAAAGAACAGUAUUUUACAAUUUUAAGGGAAAAUAUAAUAAAACAUCCAGAUUGGAUGAAACACUACGCAGGAGACCUUGAAAAACUUGUAUACGAAUUACGAGGAACUCCUUUCUUCCAUUUGAUUUUGGAUUUAAUUCCAACAAUUACAAAAUAUUUGGCAGAAUCAUUUUCGCCAUUUUUGCCAGAAAUUGUCACUUCACUUUUGGAUACUUUAUUCGAAUUUGAACUACAACAACCUGAAAUUGCAUGCAAUAUAUUGAAUUGUCUUACUGAAUUGUCAAUGUUCGCAGAUGACUUUGUUUUCAUCAUUUUAAGACAAAUUUAUGAAGUUGUAAAUAAUCCUGCAAGUUUUGAUGAAGUUGUUUUGACAGCUGUUAAUUCUUUGCAUAAAUUGUCAUUGCUAUAUGAUUGCUCUGCUUAUUCAAGUCUUCUUGUUAGAGCUUGUUUCCAAUGCUUCAGAAAUAACAACGAAGAAAUUCGUUUGGCAGCUGUGAAAUUGUUGAAAUCUCUUUCAAAAACUUUAGGAAAAGAAUUCGAAAUUUACAAAGGUCAUGCAAUAAUACAACUCAACGCUUCUAAAUUAAUGACUGAUGAAAUCAAAGAAGCGUUCGAAAAAGAUUUAAGUCUAGAAGACUUGAAACUUCAAAAUGAACAAGAAAAUGAUGAAAUUGAAUUAGAAAAAAGUGACAAAACCGAAAAUGACAAUUCUGUUGAUAAUUAUCAAAUAAUUACUAGUGUUCAAUGUGAACAAACAUUCACUAGUAGCCAAUGGAAAGAUUGGAUCAGAGGCUUAAGUUUAUGUGUUAUUGCACAAGCACCAAGUCCAAUCAUUAAAAGAUGUUAUAGUUUAGCACAAAGUUGCACUGGUUUUGCAUUGAAAUUAUUACAUGCCGCUUUCUUAAUGUGUUGGGAUGUUAUUAGUACUUCUACUCGAUAUGUUAUUUGCAAGGCAUUGAAUGCAGCUUUAAUGGAUAAUGAAACACCAAUGUAUGUAUUAACAAUUGUUGUUUCUUUGGCAGAAUUCAUGGAAAAAGCUGAGAAACAUCUUAAUAUUUCUUACCAAGAUUUGGCAAGAGCUGCUCAUAGAGCUGAGAAACUUCCUUUCGCUUUAUUCUGCGCGCAAAAAGAUUUAGACAAUAACUCUAUGUCCCAGCAAACAAUUGAGAUGUUGUUAAGGAUUUAUAAUCAAUUGGCUCUUGAAGAUGAUGUUCAUGGUUUAAUUCACACGUUGAGAGAAUCAAAGAAGAUCAAGUUUACUCCAAAAUUUGCUGCGCAAUUAGGAGACUGGCAAAAAGCAAUUGAUCUUUAUAAAAACGAUAUUGAAAGUAAUGAUUCUUUCUUAGGUUUGUUGAAUAGUUAUUCCAUGGUUUCUGAUUGGGAUUCAAUCACUUCUUUGUUCAGUAGAUUUGAUAUUUUACCUGCUUUGGACAAAUCAAACGCUGCACAAAUAUUUGCUUUGGCUUUUUACCAUCAAAAUGAUUGGGAACAUUUCAACAUGGCAACAAAGUUUUGUCCAAAUGAUUCGAUACCGAGUAUCAUCACAAAAUGUUAUGCAAACAUAAAACUCGGACUUCCUAUCAAUGAUUUAGUUGAACAAGGAUUUAAUUCAUUAGGACACAAAGCAGGAUCUCUUUUCCCUCAUGGUUUCUCUUCGUUUAUUCCUUUCUUAAUUCAAGCAGAAAUGCUAGUUGAAUUACAAGAGAAACCGAAAGCAGAAAUAUGGGCCCAAAGAGUGAGAAAUCCUUAUCUUUCUUUUAUGCAAUUGCAACCAUUAAUUUUAAUGAGAAUUGAACUUUUGGGCGACAAAAUUUCAGCUCAAAAUGAAAUCUUGACUUUGUUAAAACUCGCAAGAAACGCAAGUGAAUGGAAUUUGCAUGAUUAUUACUUUAAUAUUUAUUAUCCUGAUUUCGAUAUCCUUAAAUCCCCAACUCCUGUUGUUUUUGAACAUUCCGUUUCUCUUUGGAAGAGACAAGAAAAAACAGAAGCUUUAGAUGUAUUGAACAAACUAAUAGAAAGACUAGAAAAGGAGAAAUGUGAUAAACAAUUGACAGAACGUUGUUUGUUCAUGAAAGCUCGAUGGAUUGUUAGAUCUGAUACAUUAGAAAACAACGCAGAUACAUUUAGAAGUGUUGCAAAGAUCUGCAAACGUGGAGGAAAAAGCCACAAAGCUUUGCAAUUAUGGGGAUGGAUACAAUUAAGAUUAUAUAACAUGAAAGACAGUGAUAGAGAAAAUGCAGCUAUAAAUGCAAUAACAACAUUUAUUAAAUGUGCAGAAGGAAUUUCCGAAAUGAUGCAAUUGUGUUCUAUUGUUUUUAGAGCAGGAAAAUUCCCGAAUGUUUUUAAUACUGUUAAAAAGAACUUGGAAACAAUUAAAACAGAGCUUUGGCUUCCAAUGAUUCCUCAAUUGUUCGCGCAAUUCAUGAAUCCUAUAAAAUAUUUGCAGGAAUUCGCUCAAGAAACAAUUUGGCAUUGUUUACUCGAGCAUCAUCACGCCGUCAUUUUCUCUUUGAUGUUUUGCAUCUCGUUUAAUGACUCAAAUGAUCAGAGAGGCAAACAGAUGUUAAACGAAUUCUCAAAGAUAAGAAAUGAUGUCGUUGAAGCAUCAUCAAUUAUUUAUUUAGGAUUGAUGACUGCUUGUACAAACAGAGCUGAAAUGUGGUUGGAAAAUUUGAAUCUUGCAGUUGAUCAUUUCAAAGCUGGAAAACUCCAGGAAAUGAAGACAACUCUUGAGAAGAUUUUCGCAUCAACCAAAUCCAUUAAUUCAGAUGCCGACCUUUAUUUCGUUCGUUUGUUUGGUGACAGAAUCAACAAUUUGCAACAAAGUUUCAAAAGAUUUUUUGUCACGAAAAACAAAAAAGAUGUUGAACAAAGUUGGUCGGAUUAUAGAUCACUUUGCAACGACAUCAAGAACGAGAUAGAGCAGAUGUCAUCAAUACCUAUGAGAUUCGUUGCUCCAAGGCUUUCAGAACUCAAUGACAUUCCAAUUGCUGUUCCUGGAACUUAUAAACCAGGAAGUGAAGUGAUAACGAUGAAAAAAUUUGCCAGCAGUUUAGAUGUUUUUCCAAGCAAACAAAGACCAAAGAGAUUGGCAAUUAUAGGUUCAAAUGGUGGUGAAUUUUGGUAUCUAUUGAAAGGCCACGAAGACUUGAGAUUGGAUCAAAGAGUUGUUCAAGUUUUCCAUUUGAUAAAUACUUUUAUUCCAAUCGAGAUGCCAAAAAUCGUCACAAACUUCAUCAUGCCAUUAUUGCCAACUGUUGGUUUGAUACAGUGGAUUCCUGGCUCAGACACAAUGUUCAAGUUAAUCAGAGAUUUUAGAUCAGCAAGGAAUAUCCCUGUUGAUUAUGAAUCCAGAUUAUUGUCGCAAAUUACUACGCCAAAAUUUGAUGAUUUAAGACCAAUUCAAAGAUUGGAAGCUUUGCAACAAGUUUCCAAUGAAACAAGUGACUCUGUUUUAUCAGAUAUCUUGUGGUUGAAAGCUCCUGAUGCAGAGAACUGGAUCAAGAGAGUUACAACUUUCUCAAGGACUUCGGCUUUGAUGUCUGUUGUUGGAUACAUUUUGGGAUUGGGUGACAGACAUCCAAGUAAUAUAAUGAUCCAUAAUUUCACGGGUUCUGUGAUUCACGUUGAUUUCGGAGAUUGCUUCGAAACAACGAAAGAAAGAGUUUUAUUCCCAGAACUGAUACCUUUCAGAUUGACGAGAUUCAUGAUCAGAGCUUUCGGACCAGCAGGAAUAGAUGGAAGCUUCAGAAAGACGUGUUUGGACAUUGUGAAACUCAUAAGAAGACACAGAGAAGAAGUUCUUUCUGUCCUCGAAAUUUUCGCUCAUGCUCCAUUAGUAAGAAGUUUUGGAACAACCGGAAUAAAGCCAAAUAGAAACUCCCAGUUCUCAGCUUCUCUUCCAUCAAAUGCUGGCUCUGAUGAGAAUGAUAUUGAUAGAGCAAUUAACAGAAUUUCCGAUAAAAUUAAUGGAAGAGAUUUUGAUUUGAAGCACAGAUUGACACAACAAGAACAAGUCACAAAAUUGAUUUGUUCUGCUACUGAUAUGUAUAAUUUCGCUCAUCUAUACCAUGGAUGGAAUCCUCUGUGGUAA